CGUAUUUAAAGCGGCGCCCGCGGGCCCAGCUAACGGGGCAGGCGUUAUGGCGGACGAGGCCAUGGAUAGUUACCUGUACUCGGCCUACACCCCCUACUCCUACCGCUACCAGCCGCCAAAGGGCAAAGGGCCCCCGGGCGCCUGGCGGCAGCGGGGCACCUACUUCUCGGGCUAUGGGGACACGGCGGCGGCGGCCGCGGCCGAGUACUUCGAUAACUACCAGCGGGCGCAGCUGAAGGCGAUCCUGUCCCAGGUGAACCCCAGCCUGACGCCGCGGCUCCGCAAGGCCAACACCAAGGAGGUGGGGGUGCAGGUGAACCCGCGGCAGGACGCCUCGGUGCAGUGCUCGCUGGGGCCCCGCACCCUGCUGCGGCGGCGGCCGGUCCCCGGGCUGCCCUCGCUGCGGCCCCGCGAGCAGGAGCAGGGCAGCCCCGCCACCGCCACCACCAGGCCCGUGCGCUUCCCCAGGACCAUCGCCGUCUACUCGCCCAUGGCGUCCCGCAGACUCACCACCUUCCUGGAGGAGCCCGAGGACGCGGGGCAGGAGGCAGCCGAGGAGGAGCCGGAGGAGGCGGCCGCCGAGGAAGAGGAGCAGCAGCGCACUGAGGCGGCCGCCGUGCGGGCCAGCUGGGAGCAGCCGCCCGGGAGCAGCGCGGAGCCGCAGGAGCCGCGGCUGCCCCAGCAGCAGGAGGCGGCAGUGGAGUUGGAGGAGGAGGCGGUAGCUGCCCCGCUGCAGGAAGGCCCGGUGGAGACCCCCGAGCGCCAGGCGGGGCAGCCUCAGGCCGCAGCCCCUCAGGAGCCGGGGCAGGGCAAGACCCGCCUGCGCUUCCAGUUUCUGGAGCAGAAGUAUGGCUACUACCACUGCAAGGACUGCAACAUCCGUUGGGAGAGUGCCUAUGUGUGGUGUGUGCAGGGCACCAACAAGGUCUACUUCAGGCAGUUCUGCCGGACAUGUCAGAAAUCCUACAACCCCUACCGUGUGGAGGACAUCACCUGCCAGAGCUGUAAGCAGACCAGAUGCACCUGCCCUGUGAAAGUGCGCCAUGUGGACCCCAAGAGACCCCAUCGUCAAGAUCUCUGUGGGAGAUGCAAAGGCAAACGUCUUUCCUGUGAUAGUACAUUUAGUUUCAAAUAUAUUAUUUGACUGGGAUACUUGUUUAAAGGAUCCUAGUGUAAAAUUGCAAUCAAAGCAGUUUUUCUUUUGAAAGAAUAUAUAAUAUGGUGAGGUGUAUAGCUGGGCAAACCUACAAAUAAAGGUAUGGCAAAGCACUCUUAUAACAGAUAAGGCAUGCUCAUGUCUACCUUCUUUGAGUAUGUAAGUUGCAACAUUCCCAAUUAGGAAUGGGGGAGAAAGCACUGUCCUGUCCUACAAGGAAGAGUAGUUGUGGCUCAUUUAUUGUUAUGGGGACAACAUCUAGCAGUUUCUGUUUCUGGAAGAGGCAGACAUGCUUUCCUAGUGACCUCCCUAAGCUUCAGGGAGGCAUCUGAGGAGUGACCUAGAUAGCUGAAUCUCAAAUAGAUUACUGGUGUAAACUACCUCCAUUGCUCUAUGUAAAGCAUCCAUCUCAUUUUUCACAAGAAUGAAAAUCCAAUGGCAUCCUUCCACAAUACAGGCAAAUAUUAAUGUAGGAUUGCAAUUUAACUAAAAUGUUCUACAGUCACUAACUAGUAUAGGAGUACAUAAAUAUACACAACUUUUUUCCUAUCAAUCGCUUUAACAUCUGAAAGUUAGCAAUUCUUUAGUCAGAUCAUGAAACAAACAUAUAAUCCUAGGCUUGAGCUGAAGAC